AUGGCCAGAGCUCUGCGUCUGCUUCGUGCCCUCUGGCUUCUGGAGUGGGUGCAGCUGCUCUUGGGACCUGGUGCUGUGCCUCCAACCUGGGCCUUGAACCUGGACCCAGUGCAGCUCACUGUCUACACAGGCCCUAAUGGCAGCCACUUUGGGUUUUCACUGGACUUCUACAAGAAGAGCAAUGGGAGUGUGUUCGUCGUGGUGGGCGCCCCACGGACCCUGGGCCGCAGCGAGGAGGAGACCGGCGGCGUUUUCCUGUGCCCCUGGAAGGCCGAGGGCGGCCAGUGCAGCUCGCUGCCCUUCGACCUCAAUGAUGAAACGCGAAGCAUAGGCACCCAAACUUUCCAAACCUUCAAGGCCGGGCAAGGACUCGGGGCGUCGGUCGUUAGUUGGAGAGACAGCAUUGUGGCCUGCGCCCCUUGGCAGCACUGGAACGUCCUAGAUAGGAACGAGGAGGAGGCUCAGAAGACUCCCGUAGGUGGCUGCUUCGUGGCUCAGCUCCAAAACGGCGACCGCACAGAAUACUCGCCCUGCCGGGCCAACAAAAUGAGCCAAUUUUACGAGAGAAAUAAUUUCAGGGAAGACAAGCGUUACUGCGAGGCCGGCUUCAGCUCGGUAGUCACUCAGGCUGGGGAGCUGGUGCUUGGGGCUCCUGGCGGCUACUAUUUCGUAGGUCUCCUGGCGCGGGCUCCAAUCGCCGAUAUCAUCUCGAGUUACCGCCCGGGCACCCUCUUGUGGCACGUGCGCACCCAGUUCACCUACGACCACAGUCACUUACAGUACUACGACGGCUACCGGGGGUACUCGGUGGCCGUGGGCGACUUCGACGGAAAUCCCAAAACUACAGAGUAUGUCUUCGGUGCCCCCACCUGGAGUUGGACCCUGGGAGCGGUGGAAAUUUUGGACUCCUACCACCAGACGCUGCACCGGCUGCAUGGAGAGCAGAUGGCUUCGUACUUUGGGCACUCAGUGGCCAUCACUGACGUCAAUGGGGAUGGGAGGCAUGACCUCUUGGUGGGCGCACCACUGUACAUGGAGAGCCGUGCUGACCGCAAGCUGGCCGAGGUGGGGCGUGUGUACUUGUUCCUGCAGACUCGAGGCGCCCGAAUGCUGGGGGCCCCCAACCUCCUGCUGACUGGCACACAGCUCUAUGGGCGAUUUGGCUCAGCCAUCGCACCUCUGGGUGACCUUAACCGGGAUGGCUACAAUGAUGUUGCGGUAGCCGCCCCCUACGGGGGUCCCAGCGGUCAAGGCCAAGUGUUGGUGUACCUGGGUCAGAGUGAGGGGCUUAACCCAUCCCCCUCCCAGGUCCUGGACAGCCCCUUCCCCACAGGCUCUGGCUUUGGCUUCUCCCUUCGAGGUGCCACAGAUAUCGAUGACAACGGAUACCCAGACCUGCUUGUGGGAGCUUACGGGGCCAGCACGGUCGUGGUAUACAGGGCUCAGCCAGUGGUGAUGGUCACUGUCCAGCUGAUGGUGCAAGAUUCACUAAACCCUGCCAUGAAGACUUGUGUCCUGUCCCAGACCAAGACCCCAGUGAGCUGCUUUAACAUCCAGAUGUGUGUGGGAGCCAGUGGGCACAACAUUCCCGAGAAGCUGCACCUGAAGGCUGAGCUGCAGCUGGACCGGCAGAAGCCCCGCCAGGGCCGGCGGGUCCUACUGUUGGACUCUCAGCAGGCGGGCACCAUCCGGGACCUGGAACUGAGAAGCAGACACAGCCGCAUCUGCUCCAAUGCCACAGCCUUCCUCCGAGAUGAGGCCGACUUCCGGGACAAGCUAAGUCCUAUCGUGCUCAGCUUUAGUGUGUCCCUGCCGCCCGAGAAGGAUGGGGGAGCCCCUGCUCUCGUGUUGCACGGAGACACCCACAUCCAGGAACAGACCCGCAUCAUUCUGGACUGUGGGGACGAUGACCUGUGUGUGCCACAGCUGCAGCUCACUGCCAGCGUGAAGGGCUCCCCACUCCUAAUUGGAGCCGACAACGUGCUGGAGCUGCAAAUGGAUGCGGCCAAUGAGGGUGAGGGAGCCUACGAGGCCGAGCUGGCCGUGUACCUGCCCCCAGGCGCCCACUACAUGCGGGCUGUCAGCAACAUGGAGGGCUUUGAGAGGCUCAUCUGUAACCAGAAGAAGGAGAAUGAGACCAAGGUGGUGCUGUGUGAGCUGGGAAACCCCAUGAAGAGUAACGCCCAGAUAGAAGUCAUGAUGUGGGUGAGCGUGGAGAAGCUGGAAGAGGCUGGGGAGCAGGUGUCCUUCCUGCUGCAGAUCAGGAGCAAGAACAGCCAGAAUCCAAAUAGUGAGAUGGUGGAGCUGGAUGUGCCAGUCCGGGCAGCAGCCCAUGUGGAGUUGAGAGGGAAUUCCUUUCCAGCCUCGCUGGUGGUGGCUGCGGAAGGAGGCGAUGGGCAGAACAGCUCUGACGGCUGGGGCCCCAAAGUGGAGCACACCUAUGAGCUCCACAACAAUGGCCCUGGUGCUGUAAGUGGCCUCCGCCUCAACCUCUACCUCCCCAGCCAGUCCCAGUCCUCAGACCUGCUCUACAUCCUGGAUAUUCAACCACAAGGAGGCCUUCAGUGCGCCUCAGAGCCCUCUCCCAACCCCCGCCAGCUGGAAUGGAGGCUGCCCACCCCCAGCCCUUCCCCGGCCCAUCACAAGCGGGAUCGCAGACAGGCCGUCCUGCCGGAGGAGAAGCAGCCCUCAAGGCUCCAAGACCCAAUCUUGCUGAGCUGCGACUCGGCGCCCUGUACUGUGGUGCACUGUGAGCUGCAGGAGAUGGAGCGCGGGCAGCGGGUCAUGGUCACGGUGCUGGCUUUCCUGUCGCUGCCCAUCCUCCAAGAGAGGCCCCUGGAUCAGUUUGUGCUGCAGUCGCACGCUUGGUUCAACAUCUCCUCCUUUCCCUACUCCGUGCCGGCCCUCAGCCUGCCCAGCGGGGAAGUUCUGGUGCAGACGCAGGUGCUUCGGGUCUUGGAGGAGAGAGAGAUACCUGUGUGGUGGGUGCUGGUAGGCGUGCUGGGCGGCCUGCUGCUGCUCACAUUCCUGAUCCUGGCCAUGUGGAAGGUUGGCUUCUUCAAGCGGAAUCGUCCACCCUUAGAAGAAGAUGAUGAAGAGGAGUGA